AUGGAGGACGGGGAACCGCCGCGUAUCGCACCUGCUUACACGCCAUGCGCUUUCGAAGGGGAGUCGCCCGGGCCCCGGUGCGGUCACACGCUUACCGCCGUCGCGCCUGUCGGAGAGCCUGGCAGCGCGAACUACAUCGGCCCGCGGCUGAUUCUCUUCGGCGGAGCCACGGCUCUGGAAGGAGGCGCAGGUCCCGCGGCAGGAGCAGCAGCCGGAAUACGUCUGGCCGGAGCCACGGCGGAUGUGCAUUGUUUCGACGUCAACUCGCGGACAUGGAACAAGCUCUCUCCAGUGGGCGAGCCUCCAUCCCCGCGAGCGGCGCAUGCGGCGACGGCGGUGGGGACGAUGGUGGUGAUUCAGGGCGGCAUUGGGCCGGCAGGGCUGGCCACUGACGAUCUGCACGUGCUGGACCUCACCCAGGCUCGACCCAAGUGGCACAGAGUGGUGGUGCAAGGAGCGGGCCCUGGACCUCGAUAUGGUCACGUCAUGGCGCUCGUGGGGCAGCGCUUCCUGCUCUCCAUCAGCGGAAAUGACGGCAAGCGGCCGCUGUCGGACGUGUGGUCGCUGGACACGGCAGCGAAGCCGUACGAGUGGAAGAAGCUGGACCCGGAGGGCGAGGGGCCGCCGCCCUGCAUGUACGCCACUGCCAGCGCCCGACACGACGGGUUGCUGCUGCUGUGCGGCGGCAGAGACGGCAGCAGCGUGCCUCUACCCGGGGCGUUUGGCUUGGCUCGGCAUCGGGACGGCCGGUGGGAGUGGGCUGUGGCGCCUGGCGUGUCCCCCUCGGCGCGCUACCAACACGCUGCUGUGUUUGUGGGUCUGCGCCUGCACGUGUCUGGAGGGGCGCUGGGUGGAGGCAGAAUGGUGGAAGACGCCUCCAGUGUGGCCGUCCUGGACACAGCAGCAGGCGUGUGGUGUGACCGCAAGGCCAUGGUAUCAGUUGCCCGCACCGGCCGCUACAGUGCCGACGCUCCGGGCGGCGACGCGUCCACCGAGCUCACCCGCCGCUGCCGCCACGCCGCCGCCUCGGUCGGCGAUAUUAUCUUCGUGUACGGCGGGCUGCGGGGCGGCAUUCUCUUGGACGAUCUGCUCAUUGCUGACGACACGCCACCCGAGCAGCCCGCCCUGCCGCCCUCCGCGGCUCCUGCCAAGGAGGCUGUGUCUGGAUCAGCACGCAAGCCGCCCAUGCCGCCCAGAUCGGGAGAGGGGCGGCAGGGCGUGGCGGUGGCUUCGGCUGUUGCUGCUCCGGAUGACAGAGAGGAGGAUAUCGGUGCUGAACACGCGAAUGACCAUCUGCACGAGGUGGACGAGGAGGCAUCAGAGCAGCUGGUGCGGAUCAACAAGGAGGAGAUGGAGGUGGCACGGCGAGCCAUGGAGAGGGGCGGCAGUGGCGACCUGACGGGGGACGACAUGGACGACCGGCGCUACGGUGGCACUCCGCCUCCCCCCACUGCUGCGAGUCUCGCCAGGAGCGCCCUGGACGAUGGGCGCAGUGAGACGCCCGCCUUCAAGAACGUCACUCUGUAUCGCCGCGCUGUGGUGGUGGCAGCAGACCCUGCUGCAGCCGGCAGUCUGGGCGGCCUGGUUCGUCAGCUUUCCAUCGACCACCUGGAGAACGAGGGGCGGCGCAUCAGCUUCGGGCCCGAGGGCGGUGCCGGGCCGCCCAAACUGCUCAACCGACAGAUGUCCAUGCAGGGCGUGCAUAAGAAGGUUCUGCAGACGCUGCUGAAGCCGCGUGCAUGGAAGCCCCCCACGAAGCGGCAGUUCUUCCUGGACGUGCAUGGGGUGGUGGAGCUCUGUGACCUGGCGGAGAACAUCUUUAAGAACGAGCCGUCUGUGCUGCAGGUGCGGGCGCCAGUGAAGAUCUUUGGUGACCUGCACGGCCAGUUUGGUGAUCUCAUGCGUCUGUUCGACGAGUACGGCUCGCCCUCCACUGCCGGUGACAUCGCGUACAUAGACUACCUGUUCCUGGGCGAUUAUGUGGACAGAGGCGCGCACAGCCUUGAGACCAUCAUCCUGCUGCUCGCACUCAAGAUCGAGCACCCGCGCAACGUGCAUCUGAUCCGCGGCAACCAUGAGGCCGCAGACAUCAACGCGCUGUUUGGGUUCCGCAUAGAGUGCAUCGAGCGCAUGGGCGAGCAGGCGGGCAUCUGGGCGUGGCAGCGCAUCAACCAGCUCUUCAACUGGCUGCCGCUGGCCGCGCUGAUAGAGAAGAAGAUCAUUUGCAUGCACGGGGGCAUCGGCCGGUCCAUCCAGCACGUGUCGCAGAUCGAGGAGCUUCAGAGGCCCAUCAGCAUGGAGGCUGGGUCGAUGGUCCUCAUGGACCUGCUCUGGUCUGAUCCCACGGAGAACGACAGCAUUGAGGGCCUCCGACCGAACGCACGAGGACCCGGCCUUGUCACAUUUGGGCCUGAUCGGGUGAUGGAGUUCUGUCAGAACAACGACCUGCAGCUCAUCAUUCGAGCGCACGAGUGCGUGAUGGACGGCUUUGAACGCUUUGCCGCCGGCCACCUCAUCACUCUCUUCUCUGCCACUAACUACUGCGGCACGGCCAACAAUGCGGGUGCUAUUCUAGUGCUGGGGAGGGACCUUGUAGUCUUCCCCAAGAUGAUCCACCCGUUGCCGCCCACCGGCAACUCGGGCAACUCGUCGCCGGAUUACCAGGAUGAAUGGAUGCAGAUCAGCAUGGUGCUGGCUCCGCCGCCGCCUAUGACUCGCGGCGACGACCCCAGGGAGCCGCAAUCCAACCUAGACUUCGAUGCCUCUGCUCCUCCGCCAUUCACUCUGGCGGAUAUCCGCGCGGCGAUCCCGAAGCACUGCUGGGAGAAGGACGCACUGAAGUCCAUGGCGUACCUCGUGUGGGACGUCGCCGUGGUGUUCGGCAUGGCUGCCGUCGCUCAAGCGGUCGACCAAUGGUGGAUCUGGCCAAUCUACUGGCUUGCUCAGGGUACCAUGUUCUGGGCGCUUUUCGUCAUUGGUCACGACUGUGGGCAUGGAAGUUUCUCCAACAACAAGGCUCUGAACGACGUCGUUGGCCAUCUGACUCAUUCCUCAAUUCUCGUGCCGUACCACGGAUGGAGAAUUAGCCACCGUACACAUCACGCCAACCACGGCCACGUUGAGAAUGACGAGUCUUGGCAUCCAGUUACCAAGGACAAGUAUGACCAGAUGGAGUUUUGGACCAAGGUUGGCCGACUCAAGUUCCCGUGGCCUCUCUUCGCCUACCCAUUCUACUUGUGGAAGCGGAGCCCUGGCAAGGACGGUUCGCAUUUCGACCCCAACUGCGACCUUUUCACUCCUAAUGAGAAGGGCGACGUACUUACAUCUGCGACUUGCUGGUGGGCCAUGAUGGGAAUUCUGGCCGCGCUCACGGUCUUCAUGGGACCUGUUUCGAUCUUCAAGCUUUACGUCGUUCCGUACUGGAUCAAUGUUGUAUGGCUCGAUGUUGUUACCUAUCUGCAUCACCACGGUUAUGACAAGAAGGUUCCGUGGUACAGAGGCGAGGAGUGGAACUACAUGAGGGGUGGUCUGUCGACCAUUGACAGGGACUAUGCUUUAGGCCCUGCUCCUGACGACGCUGCUACGGCUCGCUUUGCCCGUCAGCGCGCUGACCGGACGGCUUGGACGUCGCGUGACGCUGCGGCCUGCAUCGCACUCAGCAGCCUCCUCCCUGAGUCCGAGGAGGUCCACUUUACUCAGGUUCGCACCGCUGCUGCGUACCUCACUGCGAUUAAGGCCCGCUACUCUACUCCCGCUACUGUCUCUCUCGGCCGUCUUUUCCUCCCGUUCCUGUUUCCUGAUCUUGCCUCGUUUGAGCGCUCUGCUGACUUGAUCGCUCACCUCCGCUCGCUCGACGCUAGUUACCGCGCUGCUUGCACUGAGGCACAGCUUGCACUGCUUCCUCCCCCCAUGGCGAUUACUGUCUAUUUCAUCGCCACUAGCCUCCCUGACCGCCUUGCCUCCGUUCGUGACGCGCUUCUGCUGAAGCACCCUAGUGAGCUGACUAUCGAGGUCCUUGAGUCUGCACUCAAGGACGUCGAGAGCAACCUUCGUUCGGUAGCUGCCGCCUCUGGUACUGUGUCCCCCCCACUCUUCCACGGGUGCACAGUCCCGCAGUUACCCACCUUCACUGCCUCUCUUGCCACUGCCGCUACUGACGCGACUGCGGCUGCUGUUACGACUGCGUCGCGGUCCCGCGGCAGGGGGGGCAAGAAAGGUUGUUCCGGUGGAGGUGGAGGCGGAGGUAGCGGAGGUAGUGGGGGUGCUGUUGCGACUGGCAGUGGUGGGAGUGCAGCGUCUGGAGAGACCCCUCGUGCAGCGGCUGGUGACUCCACUGCACCUGCUGGUGGCGGCGACCCUCGAGCUCGUCAGUCGCCUCCUGUACUGCCGGCCCCGCUAGUCACUGCACGUCACACUACCACUUUACCGUGUCCUGCUGCUCCCUCCGGGUCUCUCACUGGGUUUCACGUCCCCUCGUUCUCCCGGAACUUGGUUCCUACGUCUGUUCCAGUCGCUGCGUCGUGCUCCUGCCGAUCGCUUGCCCACCCCACCGUUCUGUGGCACCACCGGAUGGGGCACCCGUCCCUUCCACGUCUGCGCGCUAUGUCUAGUCAGCGUCUUGUCCUAGGCCUCCCACGUGUCUUGCCGUCGCUGCCGCCUUCGCCUGCGCCGCCGUGUUGUCCCUGCGUCGAGGGUAGGCUGCGCGCCACCCCUCAGUCCUCCUCCCUUCGUCCGGCCACCGAGCCUUUUGAGACGCUUCACUUGGACGUCUGGGGCCCCGCCCCUCGUCUAGGCCCUGAGCGUGAGCGUUACUUUCUGGUGGUCGUUGACGACUUCUCCCGCUACACCACAGUGUUCCCUCUGGCGAAGAAGUCUGAGGUGCCUUCUACGCUGAUCAGGUACGCCGCGCACCAGCUGAACCUCUGGCCACGUGUCUCUCGACCAGAGGUUUCACCGACCAGUCUUUGGACAGAGUCCCGUGGUGUUGCGUCGCGGUUUCGUGUCUGGGGGUGCUUGGCUCUUGUCCGCGACACCUCCGCGGACAAGCUCUCGCCUCGUGCCGUCCCCUGUGUCUUCCUUGGUUUCCCUGAGGACUCCUCUGACUUCACCUUUUACCACCCUCCCUCUCACCGGUUCUUUGACUCCCGUGACGUCCGUUUCGAGGAGUCCACUCCGUACUACGUCAGGUACCCCAGUCGAGGUCUCCCGGUUCCUCCUCCCCCCCUCUUCCUGACUGCCGUUCCCCCUCCUGCUCCCCCGGUACAGCCUCCCCCCCCUGGUCCAGCCCCGUCAGGUGUGUCCCAGGCUACCCCUCCUCCUUCGGUAGCCCCUCCGGUACAGCCUCCCUCCCCACAGUCCUCCUCGCAGCGUGCCGCUGGUGCUAGCUCUCGAGAGGUUGGUGCGGCGCCUGUUCCUGUACCGGUUUCUGGUUCUGGGGGUGCUGGAGUUGGAGCUGGAGUUGGAGCUGGAGUUGGCACUGGAGUUUCUGGUUCUGGGGGUGCUGGAGUUGGAGCUGGGGUUGGAGCUGGAGUUUCUGGUUCUGGAGUUGGAGCUGACCCGGUGGGUGCUGAGGACUCUUGUCGUCCGGGAGCUGGUGCUGGCCGCGCGGACACUGGGGGUGCUGCGUCUGGGGCUGGCGUUGGAGAGAGAGGAGAAGGAGUUACAGCGGCUGGAGGAGCAGCAGCAGCAGCUGGAGCCGCAGGAGCAGCAGCAGCAGCUGGACUCGCAGGAGCAGCAGUCCCAGCAGCAGCCGCGUCCGCAGCAGCAGCAGUCGCAGCCGCAGCAGCAGCAGCCACUUCCUCCUCCUGUCUCGGGUCUUCGGAUCCUUGGUCUCCCCUCCCCUUCUCCUCCCUCCUCCGCAUCUCCUCCUGUCUACGGUCCCACGUUUCCUCCUCCUGA